GAUACUUAGAUUUGUCUCAGCAUCGCGGCUCUGAACUUGCGAGCGUCCGUCUCCGUCUCUCUAGCUACCAGUGCCCUUUAGGUGUUAGAUUUGGUUUCCUUUUUCUAGCGUGUUGCUGUUGCGUUCGAGGGGAGUUUUCUAGUGAGCGUCGCCAUGGCUGGUAAGGGCGAAGGUCCUGCUAUCGGCAUUGACUUGGGCACUACCUACAGUUGCGUGGGAGUAUGGCAGCAUGAUCGCGUUGAGAUUAUUGCCAACGACCAGGGUAACAGGACUACCCCGAGUUAUGUUGCAUUCACGGAUACCGAGCGACUUAUCGGAGAUGCCGCCAAGAAUCAGGUGGCCAUGAAUCCCACCAACACCGUCUUUGAUGCCAAGAGGUUGAUCGGAAGGCGGUUUAGCGAUGCGUCUGUACAAAGUGACAUGAAGUUGUGGCCUUUCAAGGUUACACCCGGGGCAGCCGACAAGCCCAUGAUUAGCGUGCAGUACAAGGGCGAAGAGAAGACCUUCGCUGCAGAGGAGAUAUCCUCCAUGGUUCUGAUUAAGAUGAAGGAAAUUGCCGAGGCCUACCUCGGUUCGACAAUUAAGAAUGCCGUGGUCACUGUUCCCGCGUACUUCAACGACUCUCAGAGGCAGGCCACCAAGGACGCCGGAGUGAUUGCUGGGUUGAAUGUGCUGCGUAUCAUCAAUGAGCCAACCGCUGCCGCUAUUGCGUACGGUUUGGACAAGAAAGCGUCAUCCGUGGGGGAGAAAAACGUGUUGAUCUUCGAUCUCGGAGGCGGUACCUUUGAUGUGUCCCUUUUGACCAUCGAAGAAGGUAUUUUUGAGGUAAAGGCCACUGCCGGAGAUACUCACCUGGGAGGAGAGGACUUCGAUAACAGGAUGGUGAACCACUUCGUCCAGGAAUUCAAGCGUAAAUACAAGAAGGAUAUUAGCAGCAACCCCCGUGCGCUGAGGAGACUGAGAACCGCUGCUGAGAGGGCGAAGAGGACCCUCUCCUCAACUGCCCAGACCACGAUCGAGAUCGACUCUUUGUACGAGGGCGUGGACUUCUACUCUACCAUCACUCGUGCCAGAUUCGAGGAGUUGAACAUGGACAUGUUCAGGAAGUGCAUGGAGCCAGUGGAGAAGUGCCUCAGGGAUGCUAAGAUGGACAAGUCAUCCAUCCACGAUGUGGUGUUGGUCGGAGGAUCGACCCGUAUCCCAGAGGUGCAGCAAUUGUUGCAAGACUUCUUGAACGUGUCGGCUGAGGACAAGACUACCGGGCAGAAGAAUAAGAUCACCAUCACCAACGACAAGGGCCGUCUGUCGAAGGACGAAAUCGAGAAGAUGGUCCAGGAAGCCGAGAAGUACAAGUCUGAGGACGAGGACCACAAGAAGAAGAUCGAGGCAAAGAAUAGCCUUGAGAACUACGCCUAUAACAUGAGGAACACAAUCAGGGACGACAAGAUUGCAGCCAACUUGGAUGCCGCUGACAAGAAAAAGAUUGAGGACGCAGUCGAGGCUGCCAUCCAAUGGUUGGACCACAAUCAAUUGGCAGAGAGCGACGAAUUCGAGGACAAGAUGAAGGAGUUGGAGAGCGUUUGCAACCCCAUCAUCGCGCGCAUGUACCAGGGAGGUGCAGGAGGUGCCGCGGGUGGUGCCCCCUCGUACGGAGGAGAUGAUGAUGCUGCUCCGUCUGGUGCCGGCCCCAAGAUUGAGGAGGUCGACUAAUUUAUAGAUUGAUUUUUGCACUAUUGUGGUGCUUCUAUUUGGUUGAGCUGUUUAAUUCUUUUGCAGUGAAGCUGUUAGAAGGGAUAGCCACCCCAUUUUUUUUUUUCUUUUUUUUUUCUUUUUUUUCUUUUUCCCCUUUUUCCCUUUAGACGGCGCUAAAUUCAGAAAUUCUUGAGGAAUUCAGCCACUUUCAAGGUUGUACGUUAACUGCCGAAGGAAAUAUACUGCGCUCGAUUCUUGUAAU